CAGGUCUCGGGCCCCCAGGCGGAGCGGCGGGCGCCGGACCCCCAGGCGGAGCGGCGGGCGCCGGACCCCCAGCGGGCGGCGGGCGCCGGACCCCCAGGCGGAGCGGCAGGCGGAGCGGCAGGUCUCGGGCCCCCAGGCGGAGCAGCGGGCGCCGGACCCCCAGGCGGAGCGGACAGGCGGAGUGACAGGCACCGAGUCACCAGGCACGACAGUGGGCUCCGAGUCAACUGGCAUGACCACGGGCACUGGGUCAGACAUUGGAUCGUCUGGCUGGACAGCGGGCAUCGGGUCACCAGGCAUCAGGUCAUUUGGCUCGACAGCGGGCACCGCGUCAUCUGGCAAGGCAGUGGGCACCGAGUCACCAGGCACGACAGUGGGCUCUGA